AUGGUUAUCGCACAUCUGCAAAGUCACCUGUUGACUGCAGUAGUCGUACGUCCGUCGACUCCAAUCAUUGAAGCCAUGUGCAGCGCAUUUCUGGACGUGCGAGGGAACAUACUGAGGGAUAAGGUUCGAGUAGCGGCAAGCCGUCGGUUUUCUUGGAAUGCAGGAGAGGUUCUCUUCUGGUGCCGGCAAAUAUUGCCUUGCAGCUUCUGUUGGGUGAUGUUUUCCCAUGCGAUGUGGUGCUUGCCAUUGAGAUCAACAUUUGGGGUUACCGAGCCCAUGUGCUUGCGUGAAGUGAACCAAGAAGUGAAGAUAUAA